AUGGUCGAUGGACCGACAAUAUUCGGUGCGUCUUCGGUCACUUCGUACGGUGGAAUCGUCAACGAAAUGUUCGAAGGUGUGGCCGGAGAAGCCAACGGAAGAGAGGGAAACGAUGGAAAUGGAGUUGGUCUGCCGAGGAAAGGAGCCGUUCCGUUGAUUGGCGGUGAGCUUUUGAGGGCUUGAAUGAUCUAUGAGAAACAAUGUUGCAAAGGACAAUGCUUGUCAAAAAUCUGAAAAAAAGUGAGAAGCUUGCUUGGACUCUAUAGAUCAAGAGAGAAGUGGAGAAAAGUUGAGAAAACUGAACGAGACAACCUACCGUAAAUACUGUCCGUACAGAUAUCAAAAAGUUGUCAAUUGCUGAAAUGUACACAAUAAUUCGAUGAGUAUACUAUUAGUUUACAACUUUUUGAUAUCAGCCGACAACUGAGAUAUACCGUUCUGAAUGGACUGUUUUGAUUGAUUGAGUACAUGAAAUAUCAAAAAUUUGUGAAAAGAAGGGUCGGUCCCAACUAAGCUCAAUUGUUUUUACAUUCCUACAAUUCUUCAUCAAGCUUGCCCCUCAAAACAUGGCAGGUGACCCAUAAAGCCACAAAAAGACAAUAUAAUUACCUCGUCUCCAGAGCUUCCGGUUGUCCACCACCCGAAUUUCCCUCCCGAAUAGACGCAGACAUUCAAAGAGCCCGUGUUGUGUGUGUGCAUGUGUGCUCGGCGGCUCAUUGAGCUCCAAGAGAGCACCCUCUUUCGCAGACUCUCCCAUAUUUGUGUGCCCGGGUGUCCGCUAUCCCCCCCCCCCUUCUUUCUGUUGCUUUUGAGAAAAUGAGAAGAAGAAGGAAUUCAUUUGUCUCUUAUUUCCUCUCCUCAAUUCUCUUAAUGACUCUUUCUAUUGAUUCGCAGCAUUUUUAAGCUUGAAAUUGAGAUCUAGAGGCGUCAAAUUACACAAAAAUAUCGAACAUUUCACCGAUUUUCGCUGUUUCUUAUUGGUUUUUGUCUCACAUGUGUACUAGAACUCUCUACCCGGACCGGGCGCCACGUCAUUCUGUCCCAUUCUGAGUCAUCUGGCUGAUUGUCAGUCACUCAAUCUCUCUCUACAGUCCAAACCUUCACUGAUAACCCCUUCCACACUUUGUGGUGCAUGAAAUAUUGUCUGAAUACUCCCCUUUUGUACACUCUCUCCUCGUCUUUUUUCCCCAAAUGUUUACAUUUUUAUAUACGAAACUUCUUCGCUUCUUCUAGGCGUCGAAGUGGCACAGAACUGUCAAAUAUCAUAAUUUUCUGAGUGUCUGCGUCUCUUCGCUCUCUUGUUCUCUGCUCGAAAUGAGCUCUUCGGAACCGGUGUCUUCACUUGGUCCGAGCACAAGUUCCAUGGAUUUGAGGGUGCCCAUUCCCGAUGGACCUUUCAUUGAUAACCCCAAUUUUGUACCCGAUCCUAGUGAGUUUUAGGUUUUUUUACAGGGAUGAUUGAAAAGUAACGCCCAGUAGACAAAUCAGAAAUCAAAAGUCUCGAAAUCUGGGGCCAAAGACGAUACAUACGAUAGAAACGUUCAUUUUCAGAUGAAGAAAGUCAAUCGACGCCUCGAGGUGGCCACGAAGGGUCCGGCUCGCCGAGCAUGGAAUUCGCCACGUCACGACCCGGAGGACUGUCCACAAUUUCGGGAGUCUUUGCUCCUGUCGCAUUGAGCAUGUUCAGUAUAUUACUUUUCAUGCGGAUGGGUGAGUUUUCAUCAGAAUUUCGUCGGAAACGCCUAAAAAGCUGGUUUUCAGGAUUCGUGGUAGGUCAAUUGGGAUUUCUGGUGACUAUUGUACAAUUGGCAAUGGCCUAUGCCAUCGUCAUGCUCACAGUACUCUCACUUUGUGCAAUUUCAUCGAAUGGAGCAGUGGAGGGAGGAGGUGUUUAUUGUGAGUUUUCAAAACAUUUACAAAUUGUGGCAUAACGGCUACUGUUGGCAUUUGUGGCGUUGGAAUUCAAAUCGAAUGACAAUAGCACACUUUUAACUUUUCCAGUAAUGAGUUUCGAUACGUGACGUGGAACUGACACACAUGUUCCUUUUUUUCCAGACAUGAUCAGUAGAUCUUUGGGUCCUGAGUUCGGAGGAGCAAUCGGAGUGCUCUUUUUCGUGGCCAACGUCUUUUCGUGCGCUCUGUACAUUUCUGGAUUCACGGAAGCGCUCAUGAAUAAUAUUGGAAAUGGACGUGAGUGUUUCUGGAAAGAUUACGGUACUUUUCCCAACUUGAACAGUUUUCAGAAUUCCCCGACUCUCCCACUUAUCGAUUCUUCUAUUGCGUAAUCGUUUCGGUUUUCCUUCUAAUCAUUUCUCUGCUCGGCUCUGCCCUUUUCGCCAAAACCGCUCUGAUCACUUUUGUGCUCAUUUCGGUGUGCUACUCCACGUGGAUAUUUUCCGUCAUUUUCACUGGACACAUGGAAGUCACUAUUCCAAAAGUGAGUUGAUUGGAAGACCCUUAUAAAACAUGCAAAUUCCUUUCAGGUGAACACCCCCGCGUAUCGGGUGCUGAUCAACGCUUCCGAUCCGUCACAAGGUACCGUUGAGGAUUUCAAUCAGACUUUAAAAGCCAAUUACACCGGAUUGAGGUACUUUUUGACAACAUUAAACUUUAGGAAAGGUUUUAUUCAGCUUCCAUACUCUGGCUGAAAACAUGUUUCCGAACUACACAAUGGAUUAUACUACGGAGAAACCAACGGACUUUGCGUUGAUGUUCGCUAUCAUUUUCUCAGGAGUUACUGGUAAGAAUUAUUAGUAGAAGCUGUAGCACACGGAGAAGACAAAUAAUUUGAUUGCAGGUCUGAUGGCUGGAGCGAACAUGUCCGGAGAGCUGGCGCGUCCGUCCGUUUCGAUUCCGCGCGGAACCGUCCAGGCAGUCUUCACCACUCUUUUCGUCUACAUUAUGACCGCUUUUCUGAUGGCUUCGACCUCGAGCAGAUAUCUUCUUCAGAAUGAUUACACUGUAAGUUCAAGAGAAUCUCAAAGAAACCAUUCAAAACAUCUCUUAUUUUCAGGUAAUGAUGGACACGAACUUCCAUCGCAUCUUCAUCCUCAUCGGCGUCUUCUCCACCACUCUCUUCUCCUCGAUGAGCAACCUGAUCGGCUCCUCCCGUGUUCUGAACCGUCUUUCCCAUGACAAACUCUUCGGAUGUCUUCUCCGCCCGGCCAAGAUCGAAAUCGGAGACCGUAACCCGGUGGUGUCGGUGGUGAUCACAUGGAUCUGUGUGGUGUUGGUCUUCCUGGUGGGCGCGAUGAACAAGAUUGCGAAGCUCACUUCCAUCUUCUUCUUGCUGUCCUAUAUGGGCGUCAAUGUUGCCACGUUGGCAUUAGAGCUGACAAGUGCUCCAAACUUCCGCCCGACAUUCAAGUACUUCUCCUGGCACACGUGUGCAUUGGGUGUCAUUGCCACCGUGACCAUGAUGUUGGUAGUGGAUGCUUCGAUGAGUGCUCUCGGAAUCGUCGUCCUCAUGAUCCUCAUCAUGGUUUUGCACUAUCAAGCACCGAGUGUAUCGUCCGGAUCCAUCUCCCAAGCGCUGAUCUACCAUCAGGUCAGGAAGUACCUCCUGUUGCUGGAUGUCCGAAAAGAACACGUCAAGUACUGGCGCCCGCAAAUUCUCCUCCUCGUUUCAAGACCAGCUUCAGCCUGUUCCCUCCUAGAUUUUGUAAACGAUCUCAAAAAAUCUGGACUCUACGUCGUAGGUCAUGUGCGGAAGGGUGAUAUGGACUCGAAUCAAGUGGUGGAUCCCCUCCAGCAAGUGUUCCCGUACUGGCUCAGUUUGGUGGAUUACCUCAAGCUCAAAGCAUUUGUCGAGCUCACAAUGUCCAACAAUAUCCGUCAUGGAAUUCAACAACUCAUGCGGCUCUCAGGCCUCGGAGCCAUGAAGCCAAACACUGUAGUUAUUGGAUUCCACGAACUGGCACCGUCCAGUGCUACUCUUCAAGAAUCGCAACUGCUCAAAGACUUGAGGUUUUCGAAAAUCGACAGAGCCGCCGUGGUGGAAUACUUCACGGCGGGAGACUAUAUGCCGAAGGAGCUGGACGGAAAUCUGGAGCGAUUAUCUCCAGUGGAUUAUGUGAAUGUGCUGAAGGACGUGCUGCACAUGAGCAAGAAUUUGUGCGUCGCCAGACACUUUUCAAAGCUGGAUAAAGAGGCGUUGUCGCGUGGGUGGAACGGUCAAAAGCGGUACAUCGACGUGUGGCCGGUGGAUUUGCAGAAGCCGCAGGAGACUGGACUCGGAUGGGAUAACAGGUAGCCGCCGACUUUCUACCGUAAUCUUUUGUCGUUAAUGAAUCCUUUUCCAGCUCCCUCUUCUUGCUCCAACUCGCGUGUAUCCUCUCCAUGUCAUCCCGUUGGCGUUCCUACACGAAACUCCGCGUGUUCAUCUGUGUCAACUCUCUUCAAGACAUGCACAGAAGAGAGCGACAGCUCAAGAACAUGCUCCAAACUUUGAGAAUCGAGGGAGAGUCUUCAGUGGUUCCAUGGGAUCACGUUGUUUGUCACUAUCAACCGGGAUCUCCCUCCGCCGCCAAUUCCAACGCAGCUAUGUAUGGUUUUUUAAUAUUUGGCACAUUUUGGCUAACUAUGAUAGUUAUUUUUAGACCUUCCGUGGAGUUGCCGCAAGCGUACAUCAGUGCUUUCAACGACAUGGUCAAAAGGUAUUCGGAGGAAGCGGCGAUCACGUUACUGAACCUUCCGGUGCCGCCAAAUGAUGCCGAAUUGGACGGCGACAGGUUAGUACAUAUUUUUGAACCACUUGAGUUUUGAUGGACGCUUCGCAACCGAUACUUUUUGCAACUGACUAAAUGCAACGCUAAAGUUCGCUUUUUGGAAACCCAAAACCUUUACCAACCAUUCAUUUCCAAUUUCAGGUACUUGGAAAUGGUGCGGAACCUCACCGAUGCUCUUCCGCCCACGCUUCUUGUUCAUGGAGUCUCGUCCGUGAUUUCUACGGCUCUCUAA